AUGAAUCCUUGCAGAAGAGGUGUGUUCAGUUACAAGUUUGUGGAAGCCCAGUUGAAAGCUUUGAAGGGAUUGGGAACUCGUUUGGUUCUGGAUCACAUAGAAGAUUUCAAGAAGGCCUAUGGGAAUCUCCUAGGUAUUCUCAACACUGAAGAUUAUCUGUUGGAUCCGACGUUGGAGGAAUACUCACAUAUAUUGGGUGUCGGAAUUAAGGAUCAAGUUCCUUUCGUCAGUACCAAGGAACUACCUAAGUCUCAUCUUUUAGCUGAAGCUUUACAUUUGGAGAAAAAGGAAGUCAAGCUCAGUCUUAAGCCUAAGGGUGGAACUCAUGAUUUUACUCUGAAUUUUUUGGUAGAGAAGGCCAUUGCCUUUGCUAAUGUUGGAAGUUGGAAUGCUUUCAUCAUUGUUUUUUAUUUUCUCAUCUAUGGGAUUAUAUUGUUUCUUGGUAUGGAAGACUUUGUGAACCUUGCAUUUAUUCAUAUCUUCCUGUCCAACAAUCUGGUUCAUAUGCUUCUUGCUGACACUUAUUACUAUAUUUAUAUGAGGACUCAUAAGAAGAAGGGUACUAUUGUAUGUUGUGUUCCUCCGUUAUAUAGGUGGUUUAUUUCGCACCUACCCAACAAUGGCCAUUUCGUCGAGAACAAGGACAAUCUCAAGUGGUCUCAGAGGAUCAUGUCUCUGAUUGCUUAA